CCUGAAGACCAUCGUGGGCGCGCUGAUCCAGUCGGUGAAGAAGCUGGCAGACGUGAUGAUCCUGACGGUCUUCUGUCUCAGCGUCUUCGCUCUCAUCGGCCUGCAGCUCUUCAUGGGGAACCUGCGGCAGAAAUGCGUCCGCAGCACCGCGCACUGUCUCAACACCACCUUACCUUCACACAACAACAGCACUUUCUUCUGCAAUAACAGAACCUGGUCCUCGCUGGAGAACUUCAUCACUAAUGAAGAUAAUUUCUUCAAAGUGGAGGGAGCCAAGGAUGCCUUAAUAUGUGGGAACGCAAGUGAUGCUGGCAAAUGUCCAGAUGGUUUCGAAUGUAUGAAGACUGGACGAAACCCGAACUACGGCUACACCAGCUUCGACACCUUCGGAUGGGCUUUUCUCUCGCUUUUCAGACUCAUGACACAAGAUUACUGGGAAAACCUCUAUCAUCACACGCUGCGCUCGGCGGGAAAAGCGUACAUGGUGUUUUUUGUGCUGGUGAUCUUCCUGGGCUCCUUUUACCUGGUGAACCUGAUCCUGGCUGUGGUGGCCAUGGCGUACGAGGAGCAGAACCAGGCCACCAUCGCAGAAGCCCUGCUGAAAGAACAAGAGUUUCAGCUCGCCAUGGAGCAGCUGAAGAAGGAACAGCAGACGGCUCAGAAAGCACAAGAAACCGAGUCCAUCUUGACGGCCGAUGUGUCGCCGUUCUCCUCACAAGGCAAAGGGAAUCUGGACCGGAGGAAAAGCUCGAGGCUGCUGUCAGAAGGAACAGAGGACGGCAGCAACGACAAAUCAGCCAAGAUAGACACUAUAGAGGGGAUGAAGCAAACGCACUCUUUGCUGGUCCGCACUCUCUCCUUACGGGCCAGACGGGAGAGUCAGGUCAGCAUCUUCAACUUCCGGCCGCCGAACAAAGACUCGGAGGUGGAUUUCGCCGAUGAUGAGUUCAGCAAUCACGGUGAUUCGGACAGCCGCGGCGGGGCGCUGGCGCUGCCCUGGAGCAAGAGAAGGACCAGCGCUCAGAGCACCUGCAGCCACAGCUCGCAGUUCUUCUUCCCGAGUCUCAACAUCAACGGGAAACUCUUCGUGGCCAUAGACCAGAACGGCAUCUCGGGCCAGGGACCGCUGUCUCCUCUGCCGCUGCCGACAUGCACCAUGGAGAAGGUCAAGGAGGAAAGCGGACACAACUCCAGCAAUGAGCUGAGCAGUAUGCUCCUGCCCCAGCUGCCCCAGGAGGGCCGAGACCGGACCCUGAGCGCCACCAGCUACAUCACUGACGCCAUGGAAGAGCUGGAGGAGGCGCAGCAGAAGUGUCACCCGUGCUGGUACGUGUUUGCACACAAGUACCUGGUGUGGACGUGUGGCCCCAGCUGGCUGAAGAUGAAGGAGUGGGUGAAGUUCAUGGUGAAUGAUCCGUUCCUGGAUCUGACCAUCACUAUCUGCAUCGUUCUCAACACGCUCUUCAUGGCUCUGGAGCACUAUCCCAUGACAGACGAGUUCAACCGCAUGCUGUCUGUGGGGAACCUGGUGUUCACAGGCAUCUUCACAGCGGAGAUGGUCCUGAAGAUCAUCGCUCUGGAUCCGUAUUAUUACUUUCAGCAGGGCUGGAACAUCUUUGACAGUCUGAUCGUGAGUCUGAGUCUCAUGGAGCUGGGUUUGUCCAACGUGGAGGGUCUGUCUGUCCUGCGCUCCUUCAGACUGCUGAGAGUCUUCAAGCUGGCGAAGUCGUGGCCGACGCUGAACACGCUCAUAAAGAUCAUCGGGAACUCGGUGGGCGCUCUGGGGAACCUGACGCUGGUUCUGGCCAUCAUCGUCUUCAUCUUCGCCGUGGUCGGCAUGCAGCUGUUCGGGAAGAACUACGAGUCGUGCGUCUGCAAGAUCUCCAGGGACUGUGUGCUGCCCCGCUGGCACAUGAAGGACUUCUUCCACUCGUUCCUCAUCGUUUUCCGGGUCUUGUGCGGAGAGUGGAUCGAGACCAUGUGGGACUGUAUGGAAGUGGCGGGCCAGCCGCUCUGCAUCCUGGUCUUCAUGCUGGUCAUGGUCAUCGGGAACCUCGUGGUCUUGAACCUCUUCUUGGCGUUGCUCCUGAGCUCCUUCAGCGCAGACAACCUCUCAUCUCCGGAUGAGGACGGCGAAAUGAACAACCUGCAGAUCGCCAUCGCUCGCAUCCAGCGCGGGAUGCUGUGGCUCCGGCAGGCGCUCUGCGACUUCUUCAACGGGAACUUCAAGCGGCGCCGGCAGAAGGCCAAGGAGGCCAAAGCCAUGCUGAAGCUGAAGAGACUGAGCCAGCAGACGCACUGGGCCGAGGGCAACGGGACAGCCGUCAUCGAGCGCGCCGCGGAGGACGACAGCUAUAUGACCAACCCGAACCUCACCAUCAGCGUCCCCAUCGCGCCCGGAGAGUCCGACCUGGAGUUCCCCGAGGAAGAUGAUGAGGAGGAGGAGGAGGAGGAAGAUGAGUCCAGUGAGAGCUCAGAGGAGCGAGAGGAGACCAAACAGAGUGAUGACACCAGCCUAUCAGAGGGCAGCACGAUCGACCUCAGGAAACCCGGCGAGGAAGAGGAUGAAUACUCUGAGACGGCUGAAGAGGCCAUGGAGCCAGAAAACUGCCUUCCUGACUUUUGUGUACGUCACUUUAAGUGCUGUGAUAUCAACACGUCCGAGGGUCUUGGUCGAGCCUGGUGGCGUCUGAGGAAGACGUGUUAUCAGAUAGUGGAGCACAGCUGGUUUGAGACCUUCAUCAUCUUCAUGAUCCUCCUCAGCAGUGGAGCGCUGGCAUUUGAAGACAUUUACAUUGAACAAAGGAAAGUGGUCAAAGUGGUGCUUGAAUACGCAGACAAGAUCUUCACCUACAUCUUCAUCUUGGAAAUGAGUCUGAAGUGGAUCGCCUACGGUUUCAGGAAAUACUUCACCAACUACUGGUGCUGGCUGGACUUUCUCAUUGUGGCUGUGUCUCUCGUAAGCCUUGUAGCAAACACGCUAGGCUACUCGGACUUUGCUGCCAUCAAAUCUCUCAGAACGCUCAGAGCCCUCAGGCCACUGAGAGCGCUGUCCCGGUUUGACGGCAUGAGGGUGGUGGUGAACGCUCUGAUCGGCGCGAUCCCGUCCAUCAUGAACGUGCUGCUGGUGUGUCUGAUCUUCUGGCUGAUCUUCAGCAUCAUGGGAGUCAACCUGUUCGCCGGGAAGUUCGGCCGCUGCGUCAACCGCACCGGCUUCAUCUUCAACGCCUCCUUCAUCAACAACAAGAGCGAGUGCUUGGAGAUGAACAGCACGCAGUACUACUGGUCCAAAGUCAAGGUCAACUUCGACAACGUGGGCGCCGGGUACCUCUCGCUGCUGCAAGUGGCCACGUUCAAGGGCUGGAUGGAGAUCAUGUACGCCGCGGUCGACUCACGAUCUGUGGAAGAGCAGCCCAUUAAAGAGAACAGCCUGUACAUGUACCUGUACUUCGUCAUCUUCAUCAUCUUCGGCUCCUUCUUCACGCUCAAUCUCUUCAUCGGUGUCAUCAUUGACAAUUUCAACCAACAGAAGCGAAAGUUAGGAGGACAGGACAUCUUCAUGACAGAAGAACAGAAGAAAUAUUACAACGCCAUGAAGAAACUGGGAUCCAAGAAACCUCAGAAACCCAUCCCAAGACCUACUAACUCGAUCCAAGGAUUCUUCUUCGACUUGGUGUCCAAACAAGCCUUUGACAUCAUCAUAAUGCUGCUGAUCAUCCUCAACAUGGUGACGAUGAUGGUGGAGACGGACGAGCAGUCUCCCAGCAUCGAGUAUAUACUCUACUACAUCAACCUGGCCUUCAUCGUCAUCUUCACCACCGAGUGCAUCAUCAAGCUCAUCGCGCUGCGCUGCUACUUCUUCACCGUCAGCUGGAACAUCUUCGACUUUGUGGUUGUCAUCCUCUCCAUUGUGGGGUUAAACGCUUAAAGACACACCGUCGC